AUGGCGAAUGACCCGGAAAGAUUUGAUUCAAUGCUGUUAGCAAUGGCACAGCAGCAUGAAGGAGGUGUAAAAGAGUUAUUAGAUACUAUAGUUGGAUUUCUUGCUCGGAAGACAGACUUCUUUGUUGGUGGUAAAGACGGAGAAUGGGAAAAGGUAGUAAAAGAUACAUUCUACAAGCAUUCCGCUAAAGCUAGAGAAGAAAGAGAGAGAAUAAGGAAAGAAAAAGAAGAAGCAGAGAAAAGACUGAAAGAAAUUCAACAGAAAAAAGAAAAAGAACGCCUGGCUAAAGAUUUUGAACCAGCUUCAGUUGUGGAACUAACUGACCAAGAAGCAGAAACCAUGCAAAAGGAUAUUGAAAAGGAUAAAGAAUCAAAACAAGAAAAUGGUAGUGGCGAUACUGCAGAGAAAGAAGGUGAAACUGUAGCACCUCCAGAUGAUGAAGAGGAUGAUCCCAAGGAGAAAGGGAAACUCAAACCAAACUCAGGAAAUGGAUGUGACCUUGAACAUUACCGGUGGACACAGACCCUUGAAGAAGUUGAGCUGCGCGUUCCUCUCCGUCAAGUACUGCGACCUCGGGAUUUGAUGGUAGUUAUAAGUAAGAAGCACCUGAAGGUGGGCAUCAAAGGACAGCCGCUAAUCAUCGAUGGCGAACUCGACGCUGAUGUCAAAAUUGAGGAGUCCACUUGGUUGCUGCAGGAUGGCAGAAAUUUACUCAUCAAUCUGGAGAAGGUCAACAAAAUGAAUUGGUGGAGUCGUCUCGUCACCACUGACCCAGAAAUAUCGACAAGAAAGAUUAAUCCAGAACCAUCAAAGCUGUCCGACUUGGACGGGGAAACAAGAGGUAUGGUGGAGAAAAUGAUGUACGAUCAAAGGCAAAAAGAAAGGGGCCUGCCAACAAGCGAUGAACAAAAGAAACAAGACGUACUUAAGAAAUUUAUGGAGCAACACCCUGAGAUGGAUUUUUCGAAGUGCAAGUUUAACUAG